ACUUGGUUGCAGUUGCUCAAACGCAGCUGCCAGUUUGCUCACUUCUCUGCCUUAGCCCCAGGGUGACGGGACGCCCUGGAGUCCAGCCAUGCAGCGGCGGGUCGCGCUGCAGGCCCUGUUGCUGGCGGUGCUGCUGGCAGAACCGAGGAGUUCGAAGGGGCGCCUGCUGAGCGCCUCGGACUUGGAUCCCAGAGGAGGGCAGCUGGUCUGCUGGGGAGGGACACGGAGGCCUUGCUAUAAAGUCAUGUACUUCCCUGAUGCUUUUCAAAGACUGAACUUUGAGGAAGCCCAAGAAGCCUGUAGGAGGGAUAGGGGAGAGCUAGUCAGCAUCGAAACAGAAGAUGAGCAGAGACUGAUAGAAAAGUUCAUUGAAAACCUCCUGGCAUCUGAUGGUGAUUUCUGGAUUGGCCUCAGGAGGCUGGAAGAGAAACAGAGCAACAACACAGCCUGCCAGGACCUUUACACUUGGACAGAUGGAAGCACAUCACAGUUCAGGAACUGGUAUGUGGAUGAGCCUUCCUGUGGCAGCGAGGUCUGCGUGGUCAUGUACCAUCAGCCAUCAGCACCACCCGGCAUCGGGGGCUCAUACAUGUUCCAGUGGAACGACGACCGGUGCAACAUGAAGAACAAUUUCAUUUGCAAAUACUCUGAUGAAAAACCAAAUACAACACCCUCUAUAAGGCAUAGAGGUGAAGUGACUGAGCCAGCAACACCCGUACUUCCAGAAGAAACACAAAAUGAAGACACCAAAGAAACCUUUAAAGAAAGCAGAGAGGCUGCUUUGAAUCUUACCUACAUCCUAAUCCCCAGCAUUCCCCUUUUUCUCCUACUUGUGGUCACUUCAGCUAUAUGUUGGGUUUGGAUCUGCAGAAGAAAACGAGAGCAGCCAGACCCUAGCACAAAGGAGCAACACAGCAUCUGGCCCACUCCUCACCAAGAGAACAGCCCCGAUCUAGAUGUUUAUCACGUCAUCAGAAAACAAAGCGAAGCUGACUUAGCUGAGCCCCGGCCAGACCUGAAGAACAUCUCAUUCCGGGUGUGUUCUGGGGAAGCCACACCCGAUGACGUGUCUUGUGACUAUGACAACAUGGCUGUGAACCCAUCGGAAAGUGGGUUUGUGACUCUGGCAAGUAUAGAGAGUGGAUUUGUGACCAAUGACAUUUAUGAGUUCUCCCCCAGCAGAAUGGGGAGGAGCAAGGAGAGUGGAUGGGUAGAAAAUGAAAUAUAUAACUAAGACAUAUGAAAAAACUGGCAAAAAAUGAAAACAGAAAGCAAAGGCCUCCUGUUUCUUUCAAGGAAAAUAUUCAGAAAGCUUAUGGAAAUGCUCAGCUCGGGUGUUAGGGGCGAGCACAGCAUCACAAGUUCCUACUGGGUCCCCAAAUUCUGACUGCAUUCCUUAUCAGAGAGCCUCACUCAGCUCAGCCUUGUGAGAAGGCAUCUUGCCCGGGGGCUGCUGCACAACAGACCCUCAACAAUUGUCAGACAGUAGCUUAUAUGUGAUGUCAAGGGCUGGUGCCCUCACUAGGCAGGAUAAAUGUGUUCCUAGGGGGCAUGGACAGUCCACCUCUGGGUUCUGUUCUCCUUGCUUUACACAGCAGUACGUGCAGUCACCAUGGAAUCUUCUCAGAGCCCAUGUGUGGAAGCCCCAGGCUGGCCUGCACAUCAGCAAUUCCCAAAUCUGCACCCCACCCCCUGAAAAAAAAUAAAAAAAUAAAAAAAUAAAAAAAAUAAAAAGCAGGAAG